AUGGAUUCGCUGGAUAAGAAAUUGGGAAAUUUAUCCCUCUCUUAUCAUUCUGAAGUUUCCAAACCGAUCGUCUUCGAUGACAAUGGGGGUGUUGAAGUUGUUAAGGCCGGAACUCUAGCGGCUUUAGUGGAUCAUCUCACACGCCAUGACAAGCUCGACGCCUCGUUUAAUCGCACAUUCCUCACAACAUACAAAUAUUUCAUAUCAACAAAUGAGCUUAUCCGCCUUCUCAUUGAUCGAUUCGAUGGUAUGUCACCAGAUUUGAAUCCGACUCAAACUCCCGAGUGGUCAAAUCAGAUAAAGCUAUUGGAUUUGCUUGAGAUUAAGGCGUUUGUGUAUCGAAUCAAUGAUGCUUCCGAAGCAGCCGCGGCCCGUCAGCUUCUUUCAAUCGUCCAAUGUCGCCUCGAGGGCGUUGUCAACAUCAAAACAAUCCAACAUUCUUUAUCAAGUGCACCAAAGCCUAUACUCCCAAAGAAUUUGAACAAAUUACAGUUCCUCAAAAUUGAUUUCAAGGAGAUAGCACGGCAGUUGACUAUUAUGGAAUCAUCGAUGUUCGCUAAGAUACAGCGAAGCGAAUUGCUCAACAAGUCAUGGCAAAAGAAAGAUACCUCCGGAGGGCCAGGGCCAGCUCCACACAUUAGGGCUUCGAUCCGAUAUUCAAAUCAAGUGUCAAAUUGGGUAGUUGCCCUCAUAAUUGCGGAAUCGGAACUGAAAAAACGAACCCAAGUUAUUGGGCACCUCAUCAAUGUGGCAAGCGCUUGCCAUGAUCUUCAAAACUAUUCGACCGUUAUCAGUAUUCUAUCAGGCCUGGAAAGCGCCCCAAUAUACCGGCUUGGCCGUACGUGGGCAAUGGUCACCGAACGCAGCUGCAACACAUUGUCACCCCUGCAGGCCAUGAUAUCUAGCACACAGAACUAUCAUGCCUACCGCGAGACUAUUAGAGCCGCAGUACCGCCCUGUAUACCGUUCCUCGGCCUUUUCCUCAAGGACUUAACCUUCAUUGAAGACGGAAAUCCAGGAUUGACCUCUGACGGACUUAUUAAUGUCCAAAAAUACACAAUGCUAGCAUCAACUAUUCAGGAUGUUCAGCGCUUCAAAGAGGCACCAUACUGUUUACAACCGGUCCCUGAAUUGCAAGAAUACCUUGCAACCAAAUUACAAUCAGCUCUUGAGUUGCACGAACUGUGGCCAAGAAGCUGCGAGUUAGAGCCAAGGGGCCGGGGAGAUGAAAGCAGACUUCGAGAUCGAUAUACCGCGACAGGAGGCAAUACGACUUCCAUGGUUGUUGCCUGCAUGGUCAUGGACCAGUGA